CAGACGUCAUUGCUGAAGCCAGCCAAUCUCCUCGUACUCGAACUAUUCAACCGUAGAGUAGCUCCUGCUACUGCAGUCAUCGUCCUCCAUGAGGCUGGCCGUUUCAAGCUUGGGAUGGGGCGCGGGCGGGCUGCUGCUCUUGGCGUGCGCCGUGUGGGUGCUGAACUGGGCGUGGUGGAGUCCGAGACGACAGGAACGGGCGCUCCGGUCGCAGGGACUCCAUGGAACCCCUUACCGCCUACUCCGCGGCGACCUCAAGGAGGACGCGCGGCUCCUCGCAGAGGCGCGUUCCAAGCCCAUGCCCCUUUCCCAUCACAUCAUCCCCCGCGUCGCUCCUCUGCUCCACGCCGCCAUGAACGAAUUCGGUAGAACAUCCUUUACGUGGUUCGGACCUGUACCUCGAGUGACCAUCACGGAUCCCCAAUCGAUACGGGGAAUUCUAUCGAACAAGUUUGGUCAUAUGGGACGAUCAAACAUAAGCCCUUUCAGACGACUUUUAGCUACUGGAGUUCUAAGCUACGAAGGCGAAAAGUGGGCCAAACAUAGGAGGAUUCUAAAUCCUGCUUUCCAUUUCGAGAAGUUAAAGCGAAUGCUGCCAGCGUUCUCAGUAUGUUGUAGUGAUCUGGUCAGCAGAUGGGAGAAACUGGUUGGGCAGGAGGGAUCUCGUGAGUUGGAUGUGUGGCCCGAGUUACAGAAUUUUACAGGAGAUGUCAUCUCGCGAGCAGCUUUUGGUAGCAGCUACGAAGAAGGUAGACGAAUCUUCGAGCUCCAAGCUGAGAUUGCGGAACUCAUCAUGCAAACCGGCAAAACUGCUGUGUAUGUCCCAGGUUACAGAUUUCUACCCAUACGAAAGAAUAGGAGAAUAAAAGCGAUCAGUAAAGAGGUUCGAUCACUUCUAAGGGGUAUAAUAAGGAAGAGGGAGGAGGCUAUAAAAAGGGGUGAAGCAAGCAACGAUGACCUCCUGGGCUUGUUGAUGGAGUCCAAUACAAAGCACUUGCAUGAAGGCGGGAACAAGAAUGCUGGAAUGACCAUCGAUGAAGUGGUCGAGGAAUGUAAGCUAUUCUACUUUGCAGGGCAAGAGACGACUGCUGUCUUGCUUACAUGGACGAUGGUGGUCUUGAGCAUGCAUCCCCUGUGGCAAGCAAGGGCCAGAGAGGAGGUCCUACAGGUCCUUGGGAAAGACAAGCCAGAGUUCGAUGCCUUGAGCCAUUUAAAGAUUGUGACGAUGAUACUAUACGAGGUUCUUCGGUUGUACCCACCACUGGUGCUCAUCCAGAGGAGAACAUACAAGACGGUGGAAAUCGGAAACAUAGCUUACCCACCGGGAACAUUGCUCGCAUUGCCCAUAAUCUUCAUUCACCAUGACCCAGCCUUGUGGGGAGAAGAUGCAAGCGAGUUCAAACCAGAGAGAUUCGCAGAGGGGAUCGCAAAGACAUCGAGAGAUCAGACUGCUUUCUUUCCGUUCGGCGGAGGUCCUCGUGUUUGCAUGGGUCAGAAUUUUGCGUUGCUGGAAGCAAAGAUGGGAUUGAGUACGAUUCUCCAAAGAUUUUGGUUUGAGCUCUCACCAUCGUACGCUCAUGCUCCACGCACUGUCAUGACUCUUCAACCCCAACACGGCGCUCAACUGAGGUUGCACAGACUCUGAAUCAUCUCUUCCUUGUGGCCCUGUUUUAUGUUGUCAUUUAAUGUGAAGUGGAGAGUUAUGGAACCACCUUAAUAUGAGUUGUAUAAAUAAUCUUAUCAACUAUAAA